AGUGGCUGCUUGCACAAGGCACAGCACACAGCUUUCAUAUUGUUCUGUCUUUUUGCAUUGGCUAAUUACCUCCUGGUAAUUCUGGUUUUCCAAAGUUUUAAACUACCUCAGGGGGACCAUGUCUACCUUUGGAUAUAGGCGAGAAAUUAGUAAAUAUGAAGAUAUUGAUGAAGAUGAAUUAUUGGCAUCUCUGUCCCCAGAAGAGCUCCAAGAGUUGGAAAGAGAAUUGGAGGAUAUUGAACCUGACCGUAAUCUUCCAGUUGGGAUGAGGCAAAAAAGCUUAACAGAGAAAUCCCCAACAGCAAACUUUAGCAGAGAAGCCCUAAUGGCCUACUGGGAAAAGGAGACCAAAAAGUUACUGGAGAAGGAACAGAGUGGGGCAUGUGAGAAGAAUUUGGAAGAUGAACAGGAAGAAGGAAGUGAAGAAGAUGACUUCACAGGGAGUAACAGUGAGGUUUCUGAGGAGAUAUACACUGAAGAAGAGGAACAAGAGGAAGAAGAAGAAGAGGAAGAUGAAGAAGAUGAAGUAGUCAGUGAAGUUGAGGAAAAUUGCAAGGAUGAAAUGAAAGAAGAUGAGAAAUCUGAAGUCAGAAAAAGUCCUGACCAGAUUCCUAAUUCAAAAUGCAAAGAAAUGACUAACAAUAACAAUGCAUGCAAUGGCUAUAGCAGAAAUGCUGAAAAAAAUUGCAGACAAACAGAAGAGACACCAAACCAGAAGACAAUGAGUGGUUUUGCACUCUCCAAUCCAACUGUCAUUGAUGAUGUUCUUGAAAAUAUUAGAAGGAAUGAUCCUGACACAUAUGAAGUCAACCUAAACAACAUAGAAAAUAUUACAACAGAGACACUUAUAUCAUUUGCUCAAGCUUUGAAAGAGAAUACUGAAGUAAAAAUAUUUAGUUUAGCAAACACCCAUGCUGAAGACAAUGCUGCCGUUGCUAUUGCUAGCAUGCUGAGAGUGAAUAGAAGUAUUACAAGCCUAAACAUAGAAUCAAACUUCAUCACAGGAAAGGGAAUUUUGGCCAUUAUGAGAGCUUUACAGUACAACAACAAUGUGUUGACAGAAUUGAGGUUUCACAAUCAAAGACAUAUCAUGGGAAGUCAGGUGGAGAUGGAAAUAGCAAAAUUGCUGAGAGAUAAUACAAGUGUUGUCAAAUUAGGAUAUCACUUUGAACUUCCAGGACCACGGAUGUCUAUGACAAGUAUCCUUACCAGAAAUAUGGACAAACAGAGACAGAAAAGAAUGCAGGAGCAAAAAGAGUCAGGUUAUGACCCCACUUCUAAUUUGAGGACCAAGACCUUGCAAAGAGGAACUCCAGGGGUCUCACCUUAUUCUUCUCCUAGAGGUUCACCUUGGUCAUCUCCAAAGCCUUCUAGGAAAUUUCCACCAGAAAAUACAUUGCCUCCCUCUCCUCCUUUACCACCUCCACCAGUGCCGCCACCUCCUCCUCCACCACCUCCAAUGCUUCCAUUGAUUAAAGAAAAAAAGAUCCCUUCUAGAAACAUAGCAGAGGUUAUUAAACAACACGAAAGAUCUGCCAAGAAGCUACGAACUGGACAUAAGUCAAAAGGCAAAAAGUGCAAAAAGGAACAGAACAAUAUCUUAAAAGAUAUAAAAAAUUCUUUAAGAUCAAUAUCAGAGAAUAAAGCAGAAGAAACGUCAAGACCCUCUACACCCCAGCGAUCAGCACGUGAUGAUCUCAUGGAAGCCAUUAGGGGAAGCAGUGUUAAACAGCUAAGAAAGGUUGACGUACCAGAAUAUCUUCGAUAAAUUUAUGGACUGAACGACAGACGACUCUUAUGAAGAAAAAAAAAAGAGCUUUGCUAAAGUAAUUGCAGUAAACUAAACUACCAAUGUGCACACAAGUUUAAAGUAGACAUUUCUCAUGAGUUUAUAAGUAGACUUGAUGCAUCAAGGUAUGAUAAAAGGUAGUAGUUAUAUGUAAAUAUUGAGUAAAUUAAUUUUUGUUUUGUUUAUUACAAAAUAUACUUAUCUGUAAUGGAUAAUUGUCACAAACCUUGCUUUUUGCACUAAAAUGUUUUGAUUUGUGGCUUGUAUUUUUCUAUGUACAUGCAAUAAAUAAGGUUGUAUCAUUA